UUGACAGGGACACACAAUUUGUAACGAGGAGGCAGAGGUCACAUCCGGUUUCUGUUCGGCUGUCCGCGUACCGCUGAAGUUCGCAGCCGGACUCGCUGUGGCUGGGACAGAAAGUUAAGGCGAAAGAAACACUGACCUUUAACUCUGUGGCAGUGGUAGAACUUGCGUACUUUAACGGCCGUCUUGUACCGGUGAGAAUUAAAAAUGUUUUCCUUGUCAAUGACGGUCCAACCACAGGUGACUGUGCCUCUCAGCCACUUCAUCAACGUCCUGCACUCUCUGAAGAGCUCAGUGGGAAGCAGCAGCAGUGCCACCUGCAAAUCCAGAAAACACAAGGAGCAUGACUCAGACUCAGAACUACACUGCGCCGAGUCCAUGUGGAACCUGCGGGAGCUUGGAUUAUCCGACCUGGGAACACAGCAGCUGGAUGAGCUUGUGAACUGUGUGUUUCCACGCUUGAGCACUCAAGAGGCACCGCUUCCAGUGAGUGGUCAGAAAGCCUGGAGGACCUCCCAUCUUUCUACACACUCCUUUUUCUACAACAAGCAUGGGUUCUCAUGUGGUCCCAUGCCAAUGUCAGCCCACGUUUUUUCCAGGCAGCAACCUUCACCUCUUCAGUCUAUCUGCACAGAGCUACAACACUGCCCAGUGCUGGUCCAGAGCAGAGGCUUUAAAACUCUAAAGAGCAAAACCAGACGACUGCAAACAGCCUUCGAUCGCCCUGUGGAAUCUGAGGGGUUCACGCCAUCGUUUAUGAAGGGUUUUCUUUCCCGUGACAAGGGGAUUGAAGUGGAAAGUCUAGACAGCCUGUUGAAGAACAAGAACAUACCCGAUGGACAACAGGAUGCUUUCAAGAGGGGCUUUGCUGAGGGUUUCCUGAAAGCUCAAGCCUUGACACAACGCACACAGGACUCUCUGAGGAGGACUCGUCUCAUCCUGCUGGUGCUGCUUCUUGUUGGGCUCUAUGGUAUCUCCAAAACCCCCUUCCUAUCGGUGCGGUUCCGAACCACAUCAGGCCUGGACUCUGCAGUGGACCCUGUCCAGAUGAAAAACGUGACAUUUGAGCACGUCAAAGGAGUAGAAGAAGCUAAGAAUGAGCUGCAGGAAGUGGUGGAGUUCCUGAAAAACCCACAGAAGUUUACUGCACUGGGAGGAAAGCUGCCAAAAGGUGUGCUACUGGUUGGCCCUCCGGGGACUGGUAAGACCCUACUGGCCAGAGCGGUGGCCGGAGAGGCGGAUGUACCAUUCUACUACGCCUCUGGGUCGGAGUUUGAUGAGAUGUUUGUUGGAGUGGGAGCCAGUCGCAUCAGGAACCUUUUCAGGGAGGGCAAAGCCAAUGCUCCUUGUGUGAUCUUCAUUGAUGAACUGGACAGCGUGGGUGGGAAAAGGAUCGAGUCUCCCAUGCACCCUUACUCCAGACAGACUAUCAACCAACUACUUGCUGAGAUGGAUGGGUUUAAACCAAAUGAAGGUGUGAUCAUCAUUGGAGCAACAAACUUCCCUGAGGCUUUAGAUAAUGCCCUGAUCCGCCCAGGACGUUUUGACAUGCAGGUGACUGUCCCCAAACCAGACGUGAAAGGACGCACAGAGAUCCUCAACUGGUACCUGAAGAAGAUUAAGGUGGAUCAAGCUAUUGAGGCCAGUAUUAUUGCCCGGGGCACAGUGGGCUUCUCCGGCGCUGACCUGGAAAAUCUGGUCAAUCAGGCAGCCUUGAAGGCAGCAGUUGAUGGCAAAGACAUGGUCACUAUGAAGGAGUUGGAGUUUGCUAAAGACAAAAUUCUCAUGGGCCCUGAGAGGAGGAGCGCAGAAAUAGACAAGAAGAACAAGCUCAUUACAGCGUACCACGAAUCGGGCCACGCAAUUGUAGCUUACUACACCAAAGAUGCCAUGCCGAUCAACAAGGCUACUAUCAUGCCCAGGGGCCCUAGUCUGGGACAUGUGUCCAUGCUUCCGGAGAAUGAUCGUUGGAGUGAGACUCGCUCUCAGUUACUGGCCCAGAUGGAUGUUAGUAUGGGCGGCCGUGUAGCAGAGGAGAUUAUAUUUGGCCAUGAAUACAUUACAACCGGAGCAUCAAGCGACUUUGACAGUGCUACCAAGAUUGCUAAGAUGAUGGUAACCAGAUUUGGAAUGUGCGAAAAGCUGGGUGUGAUGACCUAUACUGACAUGACACAGCAGAGCCCAGAGACACAAGCAGCUGUGGAGCAGGAAGUCAGGGUGUUACUUAAGGAGUCUUAUGAGCGUGCCAAAGCCCUGCUGAAGUCUCACGCCAAGGAGCACAAGAACCUGGCAGAUGCUCUGCUCAUGUAUGAGACGCUGGAUGCCAAAGAGAUCCAGCUGGUCCUGGAGGGCAAGACCCUGGAGACGAGAUGAAACCAAGGACCGCAACAAUCACAUGGGGAAGCAACAGGGAAGGGGUCAUAUUUGUGAGAUUUCAGGCAUUACGGUAUGGACUCAGUUUUUGAGCAGUAAAUCAGAGAAGUAAGAAGUCGUGGCCUUGCCCUGCAUUCACAAAGUCUCUCGACAAGUGCUCUCGUGGGAAAUGUCAUAUCUUCAUGCUGGUCACCUUCAUGGAAUCUCAUCAGUAUUCCCAGACAAGUAGCUUUGUUAUUUGAAACUUAAACAUGACUUUUCCUGUGUUCAGAGGUUAGCAGAUGUACAGUAUGUUUCACAGGUUCAUUGUAUGUUGUAAAGGUUAAAAGGUCAAAUGUCUAAUGUUAAGGAUGUUGCUCAGGUCACUUUAUCAGCUGGUGUUAGAAAAUAAUACAAUAAUAAUAAUGAAUGUAAAUAUGCACCUCAAGUGUAAAAACAGCGUCUGUAUAGAAUUCCUUUAUCUUUUUUUUUUUUUUUAAUUGGAUCCAAUUGUGAUUAGCCAAGUCUUUAUAGAUUCCUAUUCUGUCAAUGGGAAAUGCUGAGCAGUAUAUACCAUUAACCCAAAGAGUUACUGUGUAAUCAUGGCCACCAGAAUUGAACUUAAUCUCAGCUCAUUUUUGUUAGUCGUCUCUCUGUGUUCAUAUCUGUUAUUUGUGAAGUACAUCUUCAAUGUCAGGCCGUACUCUCUAUUUCAGCUUGUUAUUCUCAAGUUAGCACCUAGAAUUGUGAUUUCUUUCCAUUAGAGUCUUUGUGUCUGGGAUGUUUGAAAAGAUCAUGCAUAUAUAUAUACAUUCUCCUGUCAUGCAGUUACCCUCUGCUUGUGUCCCUGUUGCUUAUUUUUAAAGGUGGCCUUUUGGGGAAUGUCCUGUAAGUGUAUAUUUUUUUCCUUUUGAAGUAGGAAGUGUAAAAAGUUAAGCUACUACGUCCCAGCACUUUGGAUAAGUGAACAAAUUGAAAAUGCAUAUGUGCGCUCUUCCUGUGAUUCAUUUCAUUUAUGCUGUGCGUACAGAUUGAACAAAAACUGCUGCUCAGCCUCAAAAAGCAUUGCAAGAAAUAAAGGCUGCGUUUAUGUAGUUAUAGAGUAUUGGAAUCUUUAGGAUUUAAAGUUGUAAUGUUGGCUUAAUUUAUUAAAAUAUUCUGAGUUUGGCUUCUGAAAAGCCUCUCAGCAAAAAAUACUAGUUUUUCUUGUAACUGCAAAUGAGUGGAUUUGGCCGGUUCUUUCAGUUACUGUCCAUUGCUGUCUGUGAAAGAAGAUGUCAGACAAACAUCACAUUUAUGUGUAACAGUUAAGUUAGUCUAAUUGUAAAGAGGCAUCCAUGAUUCUUAAUGACAUUUCUUCAGCAGAGUUUGUGGAUUGAAAUUUGCAGUUUUGUGUCUGUUAAAAUGUUGAAUGUCUUCAUUUUACAUUGAAGGGUUAAAGCAGCAACAGUGUAUCUAAUCCUUACUUUAGCAAUUUAAACAAAGUAUGGCUCUUGUCAUGAUUACCACCAGCAUAUGUUAAAACGUAGUGUUAUCUUGGUUUUUUGCUUCAGUUGGACACAACAUUUGUUCUGCUUAUUGGCCUUUUACCCAUGUUUAGUUGUAUAUAGGAUUGGGGUGUGAUGGGUACAUUGUAUAUAGAUGUAUAGUAAUGCUUGUAUGCUGUGUACACACUGAAUAGCUUUCUGCUGAUUGCCAAAAAUCUCUCAACAAUGUGAUGGCAAUGCUUAAUGAACCUUUGUGCAGCUGAAAUAAAUAAAAAGAAUCCCAAAGAAAAACUUGUAA